AUGAGGCGAUGAGAUGAUCGACGAGACGCUUCUCAAUCUCACGGCGUCGCCGUCAUCCCAGCCGGCGACGCUGUUGUCGGCGGUGGCGCGCGGCACCCAUCUCGUAGAUCAAUUUCCAGCACACGCCGAGAUUUUCAGCGAUAUUGAGCGGCCAUUGGUUCAGACCGUAAUCCUCGCCUCCGUCCUUCUGGUGCUCAUUCUCUCCUGCUUCAUCGGCAAUCUUUUUGUAAUAUUGGCAAUUAUUAUGGAGAGGGAUUUGAGGGGACGGCCACAAUAUUAUCUGAUAUUUUCGCUAGCCGUCGCUGACUUGUUGGUCGGAAUGAUAGUAACACCCCUCGGAGCAUGGUUCACCGUAACCGGAACCUGGAACCUCGGCGUCGUGGUCUGUGACUUCUGGAUUUCAGUUGACGUGCUCGUCUGCACUGCCUCAAUUCUCCAUUUGGUGGCAAUUGCUCUGGAUCGAUAUUGGUCAAUUACAGACAUUUGUUAUGUGCAGAAUAGGACCCCGAAGCGAAUAACGUUGAUGUUAGCUGUGAUUUGGUUCACCUCAUUGCUCAUUUCACUGGCUCCAUUUGCUGGGUGGAAGGAUGAGGGGUUUAGUGACAGAGUCCUGAAGUCACACGUAUGCCUAAUAAGUCAACAAAUCAGCUAUCAGGUUUUCUCCACAGCGACUGCCUUCUACAUCCCACUAAUUGCAAUAAUUUGCGUGUACUGGAAGAUCAUGAGAGCCGCCAAAAAACGGUUUAAGCGAGAACGCGACCGACGUACCGUAAUCCGACCGCCGCCCGACGCCAUCGACGAGAAGAAGGCGAUGAUGCCGAAAAAAUCGAAAAAGUGUCCGUUACCGCCGGCUGUAGUUAUUUCCGAUAUUCAGGCUAAUGGCGGAACUGGUGGGAAAACGAAUAGUAUCAAGAACCCUCCACGCCACAAUGAAUCAAGCUCAUCAGCUUCCGAAGAAGAACGAACAAUGACACAGACCAAUCAUGCGCCUGGUGACGUCACGACUCAGGAAACAAAAAUCGAUGAGGAAAAUGGGCGGAGCAAGCCGGGAAUUGUAAAGAGGAGGCGGCGAACGAAAGAGUCGAAUGAGAUGAAAAGAGAGCGGAAAGCGUGGAGAACGCUAGCAAUUAUUACAGGUACAUUCGUUGCGUGUUGGACCCCAUUUUUCCUGGUCUCUAUAUACCGCCCAAUUUGCGGAUGUCAAAUUUCUCCGGUGCUGGAGCAAGUUACACUGUGGCUGGGUUACCUAAACUCGGCCCUAAAUCCGAUAAUUUAUACGGUAUUUUCACAAGAUUUUCGCGCCGCAUUCAAACGAAUCAUCAAACGGAUGUGCCUUAUUCACGAUUAUUGAUUUUUUCUCAAUCCCAUAAAAUUUCGAUUUUUCGAAGAAAAACAAAUCGAUAAUCAACACACCUGUAUUGUCUCCCUUAUCAUUCCACAUUUGUCCCAUACGGGUUUUGUACAACACACAUUUUCUCCCAUCCUGGUGGCUCUUGUUUCAAUAAAUUCGGUUCUGUA